CAAGAAUUUGCUCCCCUGAUUGGUUCGGAUUGCAUACAUCACCACCGCUUCCCCUCCUUCUUUCUCUUCGGCCUCCGCCAUUGUGGUGUAAGGACUGUGAACGAAAUGGUAAGUUGAAAUCUUAUAACAUCCUUGUCAAAUUAAGUGAAAUUCAUACUUGUUCAUGUCAUUCGCAUAGUGUUUUUCACGGCCACACCGAAAGCCUUUAUAUUGUCUCCGAUAGCAGUAUUCAGUCCUUAAAAAAGUACUUUUUAGGAUCGUGUGAACCAAGCCGGUUUCUACUGAAGAAUUUACUUAAGUUAUGUAAGCAGACCUGCCAGUUAAGUAACACUAACUUCUUCAUAAAUGUAAUGUAAAAUUGUCUGACUUUUCUGCUUACAAUCAUCUACAGUUAACAGACGAGCAAAGCGCUAGUUAGCAGGCUUAACUAGCUAGCGAAAACACGUCAGUGACGCAUUGCACUUGAUGAAAUAAAUGCAUGUUUAGCUAGUUAAAAUGGGCCCCAUCUCUUUAUUUCAGUCGUCCCACAAGACUUUCAGGAUCAAACGCUUUCUCGCCAAGAAGCAGAAACAGAACAGGCCCAUCCCACAGUGGAUCAGAAUGAAGACAGGCAACAAGAUCAGGUAUGCGUGUAUCUGCCUAGCCUCCCCCUGUACAGUGCAUAAU